UAUUGACUAAGUCAACGUAGACUUGAGGGUCAAAGCAGUCUUCCCUAGAGCCCUGAUUAAAAACGCCUUAAACGAAAUACAAGUGAAUGUGAGUGAGCCCAGUCUUCGCAAAAAGCCAAAGCAACAAUGCAUUACUUUCUAGCAUUCCUCCUUUUCCACUUGUUCAUCUCCGGCGCCGGCGCCGGAUCACCGGCUUACACCCCUCCUGAUUACUUCCUUCUCAACUGCGGCGCAUCCUCAAGCCAACAGUUCCAAGGUCGAACCUGGGAAACAGAUAACUUCACCACUUUCAUCCCUCCAAACGCCGCACAUAUUUCAUUAACUUUCACAGCCAUAGAGCAAGGCCCCUCCGUCCCGCAGGUCCCAUACACCACCGGCGUCAGAAUCUUCACGUCCCAAUUCACCUACUCCUUUCCCGUCUCCGCUGGUCCCAAGUUCCUCCGCCUCUACUUCCACGCUGCCCACUUUCCCCCCGCCGAGUUCGACCUCACAAAAUCAUUCUUCUCAGUCAGAGCUAAUGAGUAUACCCUGUUGAGUAACUUCAGCGCCUAUCUCACAUCCGUCGACUCUUUGGUCCAAAAAGAGUAUAUCGUUAACGUGAAUGACAAUUAUCAGAAGCUCAACAUAACCUUCACCCCCUCUUCCAGCUCUUAUGCAUUCGUGAACGGGAUCGAAAUUGUUUCGAUUCCGACAGGCUAUUACAUAAAGGGCGAAGCCGCCGGAGUCGACCCUGUAAAAUGGGUCCCGGGAGCCAAUAACUUUUACAUCUUCAACAACACCGCUCUUGAGACUCUGUACAGGCUGAAUAUUGGGGGACAAACUCUUCCGGCGAUUAAUGAUACCGGAAUGUACCGGACGUGGUAUUCCGAUGAUGAGUAUGUCAUCGGUUAUGGAUAUUAUACGCCGGAUUCGGAUGUCAACAUCACCUACACUUCAUUAACACCGUCCUACUCUGCUCCUGAGAUAGUUUACACUUCCGCCAGGACCAUAGCCCAUUACAGCAGUUCUGUGAAUUGGAGUUUUCCCCUGGAUUCAGGGUUUCUUUAUCUUUUCAGGCUCUAUUUUUGUGAGUUUCAGAAAGUGGAUGGGGGUAAUGAAAGGGUUUUCUCGGUGGAUAUAGCAAACACAACGGCUGAGAGGCAUGUAGAUGUUUUUAUAUUGGCAGGUGGUUCUAAUAUUCCGAUCUUUCAGGACUACGUUGUAAUAGUGCCGGAUAAGGACGGUCGCCGGAGCAAGCAGGAUGUUUGGUUUUCUAUAAGUCCUAACAUGGAUACCCGACCAGUUUAUGCAAAUGCCAUCUUAAAUGGGUUAGAGAUUUUCAAGCUGAACGAUACACAAGGGAGCCUGGCGGCGUUAAAUCCUCAGCUCUCACUUCCGGCGAAGCAAUCCUCGCCGCCGCCUCCUCCUCUAAAGAAAAAAAGCCGCACUGUGGUGGUGGGUGCCAUUGUUGGUGGUGGGGUUGCGGUGAUCAUGAGCUUGGGAAUCUUGAUUUUCCGGCGACGGAGAGUGGGAAACUUCACUCCAAGCUUUACCAAAAUAUCCUGGGACAUAUUGCCCGCCGUGUCAGCGGCGGUGCGAAUGAGGGGCAGGCUUGGCUCCUCAUCACUAUCGUCUCAUCAUCAUAACUUUCCAUUAGAGGAUCUGAAAUCGGCGACCGGCGAUUUCGAUGAGAAUUUGGUAAUAGGCAAAGGCGGUUUCGGUAAGGUGUAUAGGGGCAUCCUCGACAUUAACGGCGCUCCAAUCACCGUCGCUAUCAAGCGAUUAAACCCAGAAUCAAGGCAAGGGGCUCGUGAGUUUGAAACCGAGAUUGAAAUGUUGUCAAAGCUAAGGCACAUUCAUAUCGUGUCUUUCAUUGGCUACUGCAACGAAAACAAAGAGAUGAUUAUAGUUUAUGAUUACAUGGGUGGAGGAACUUUGCGCGAUCAUCUCUACAAAACAAACAACCCAUCUCUACCAUGGAAAAAGAGGCUAGAAAUCUGCAUCGGUGCAGCUAAGGGGUUACAUUUUCUCCAUACCGGGACAAAAUGUACAAUCAUUCAUCGAGAUAUUAAAUCAAGCAAUAUCUUGUUGGAUGAUAAAUGGGUGGCUAAGGUGUCAGAUUUUGGUUUAUCCAAAGUGGGUCCAAUAUGUGUAGGUGAAACCCAAACCCAAACCCACGUAAGCACUGCAGUCAAAGGUAGCGUAGGAUAUGUGGAUCCGGAGUACUAUAGACGACGACAAUUAACAGAAAAAUCCGACGUUUAUUCGUUUGGGGUUGUUUUGUUUGAAGCUCUGUGCGCUAGGCCUGCCGUUGAUCCUACUCUAACGAGAGAAAAGGCGAAUUUAGCAGAGUGGGGUCGGAAAUGUUGUCGGAAAGGAAUGGUGGAUCAAAUGGUGGAUUCCAGAUUAAGGGAUGAGAUUUCUCCCGAGUGUUUGAAGAGCUAUGCUGAGAUAGCCUAUAAAUGCUUGAUGGAUGAAGGAGUAGAAAGACCCGCAAUGAGUGAUGUGAUUUGUAGCCUAGAAUUUGCAUUGCAGCUUCAGGAAAAAGCGGACGGCUUCCUAUCUACCUCGCUGCACAGAGACACAGAAUCAAACACGGCGUCUGAGAUUAGUGGCGAAGGAAUUUUCUCUUCCUCGGGUGAAUUUGCACCUAAACUGUAAUAUAAUUGUAAUGCGUCGAUUCAGUUUCUAGAAAGGAAAAAUGUUUAGUAUCCUACCUUUACCACUUAUAAACUUGUCACUUCCCACAAGUUUUAAUUAGUUUGAUUUUUUUUAAUAUUUUAAUCAAAUAAAACUUUAUAAGUAGUAAAUGUAGAGGGACUAAGCAUGAUCCUUCUGCAAAAUAUCAAUGUCAUGUGUUAUUGUUUUUCCCAAA